GCAGGGCCGCUGUGCGCGCGCGGCUUGCUGGGAGGCAGGUGAUGUCACUGGUGGCGUGUUGGAAGUGGCGCGGUCAGGUGCUAUCGCGCUGAGAUGUUGUGCCCAGAGGAAUCAGCUGCCCUGGCAGAUGAGGACCUGUUUGACUUCCUCCUGAAGGAUGAUGCUCUCUGCCCUGAAAUCCCAGGGGAGGAGAACAGUUUGCUGGAAGACUGGGGCCUGCCAGACCCUGAGCUCCUGAACAAGGAGAUGGAUGACUUCAUCAGCUCCCUGCUGAGCCCCUUUGAAGAUGAACCAGGCACGCUGCAGGGUUAUUCACCUGCUGACGGUGACAGCAGCAUUUCUGAGGAUCAGAAUCUGUCCCAUAGCCCUGGCAGUGACUUUGCCAGCAGCCCUUGGAGCUCAGACAUUGUGCAGUUUGAUCAUAACUAUUCCCUCCAUCGGGAUUGGCCUGUGCUUGAAAGUGUGAGGUCUGAAAUGGCAGAAGGAGAUGUUUCCAUUGACCUUGAGACAUGGACAGGUUUGGAAGGCACAAGUGAGGCACUGGAACAGAGCUCCAGUUUCUUCAUUGCUGUGGCUGUGGACACUGGACCCCAGCUUGUGCCCGGAGCCACUGUGCAGUCUGACUUCCCAGAGCUGGUCCUGACAGAGGAGGAGAGGCAGCUCCUGGAGAAAGAAGGUGUUUCAUUACCAACCUGUCUGCCACUGACCAAAGCUGAAGAGCGGCUUCUGAAGAAAGUGCAUCGAAAGAUCCAAAACAAGCAGUCAGCCCAGGAUAGUCGUCACGGGAAGAAGAUCUACGUGGACGGCCUGGAAAACAGGGUGGCAGCCUGCAUGGCUCAGAACCACGAGCUGCAGAAGAAGGUGCAGCUGCUGCAGAAGCAGAACAUGUCACUGCUUGAGCAGCUGUGGAAACUGCAGGCCUUGGUGAGACAGUCCGCCACCAAAACUACCACAGCAAGCACCUGCAUCAUGGUCCUGGUUCUGUCCUUCUGCCUCAUUCUCUCCCCCAGCCUCUACUCAUUUGGGAGCAGAGCGCUACAGCCAGAGCUCAGAGUGCUGUCACGGCAGAUCUGCGAGUUCCCAAACCAGGUUAGGCAGGCAGCACCUGAUGUGCAGGAGGAAGCUGCGCUGGAGAGGCUCAGCCCAGAGCCUGAGGACCCCUCAUCGUUGGGCAGCCUCAGUCAGUCAUGGGAAGAGGGACAGAGUCCACCCAAGCCCAAUCCCAGAUCUGCUUUCAACAGCAACUCAUCCUCUGACCCUCUGGCAGCAGCAGGCUCCGAACUGGGCCCUCCCCAGCCUCAGGAGCAACACUUCCAGAAUGACCCUUUGCACAUGGCGGUGCCGGCAGCGCAGAAAGCCAAGAGGCAGGAGUGGGUGGAACGCACUGCCAGCGUUGUCAUCCAACAGCACCGUGCUGAUGAGAUGUGGCUGCCACCUCCUUCUGCCUGUUGGGGUGACACCAAGUACCCUGCCGGGCAGGGACAAGCAGAGCUGUGUUAACAGAUAAUCUAUCAAAGCAGAUGCUUUUGAAUACUCCUGAUUGCUGGCAGCUCAGAGGGUUUACCAGGGAGGAAUCGUUUUAAGGAUGACCUGAUUUUACACUCUGCUCUGUAUGUCCAUAGCAGGACCCUAUCUGAGGUGGGGUAAGAAAUUGUGGGAACUUUGCUAUGGCUGCUGAUGUGGCCUGCAGCCCGGGGUGUGUCCCGUGGUUUGUGGGGACAGGUUGCGACAUAUGGAGGGUGAAGGCGGUCGAGCCUGAGGUGCCCAUACUUGGUCUGAUUGGAGGCAGGUGGUGAUGAAUGCUGCUGCCCUGCUUCCUCCCUGCCCGAGUGGUGAUGAACAGGCUGGGUCCUGCGCUUCUUACCAUGUCUGGUGGCUGCAAGCAUCUGUCCCUUGUCCCUUUCCUUUAAUCCUGCAGUGUUGCCUGAUUUCUGGGUGUGAGAUGGAGAGCUGACCUUCAGUGCCCUGGCAGGGAGUGGUCCUGCCAUUGCGACAGACCCUGUGUUUCCCCUGUUCCUGUUAGGUGUUGAGCCACGGGCACAGCUCCUGGCCUGGCUAGAGAAGGUGCUGUGGAGUCCCUCCCAAGCCAUGUGUACUGUUUCCCUUCAUAGGGGCUGAGCCUUUCAUCUCCCACAGCCCUGGGAGCGGGGCUUCUGGUCCAUGCCUCAGGGAGAGAAGGCAUGCAUUGAACUGGACUGCUGAGGGGGCAUGGAGCAGAGAACAGCA